AAACAAAAAUAGAUUGUAUUUAUUUGAGUAAUAUAAAAAGAAAGAGAGAAGAGAUUGUUGAAGUUGAAGGUGGGAUGCUUUCGGCUAAGCUUGCUAAAACUGGCCUCGUCUAUGCUGUAUUGGGCAGUUAGGGGAAUACAAAGAUCUUUGAACACCUCCUUCUUUAUUACCUUUUUCCAACACCUACUACCUCUUCUCUCUCUCUCUCACUCGUCCUAGGUUUGAUUUUCCCUUCCUUCCUUCUCCCAAUACUCCUCCAUUAUUUUAUUCUCAAAGUCUCAACGCACACUCCAGCUUCAUUACUACUUGCCUUUUUCUUUUUCCUUUUUCUCUGCCCAGCUAUAUGCUUGUGUAAGAAGGGGAACUACUAAGCCAUUCUAAAGGGAGCUGAAGAAUGUGGAAUCUGAAUGACUCUCCCGAUCAGAGAAAGGACUAUGAAUCUGAAGGCUGUUCUUCUUCUCUGAAUGAUGAUAAAGGCAAGAGAGUGGGAUCUGCUUCCAAUUCAAGCUCCUCUGCGGUGGUAGUUGAAGAUGGAUCGGAAGAAGAAGACAGUGAAAGAGGUGGAAGCAGAACAUUGGACAAGAAAACCAACAAAAUAUUCGGCUUUGCGGUAGCCCAUGAUGACAGUGACCACCCACCCGUGACCCAUCAGUUUUUUCCUGUUGAGGACUCCGAACUGCCUGUCUCCGCCGCCGCCGCAGGCAGUGGAGGCGGUGGCGGCGGAAGCUCCUUCCCACGUGCUCACUGGGUAGGUGUCAAAUUUUGUCAAUCGGAAACACCCGGCGCCGGAAAAGCAGUGAAAGUGUCGGAGCCGAUGAAGAAAAGUCGCCGAGGACCACGCUCGCGUAGCUCACAGUAUCGAGGAGUUACUUUCUACAGAAGAACUGGUAGAUGGGAAUCUCAUAUAUGGGAUUGUGGAAAGCAAGUGUAUUUGGGUGGAUUUGACACAGCACAUGCAGCUGCUCGUGCGUAUGAUAGAGCAGCUAUUAAAUUCCGGGGAGUGGAGGCAGACAUCAACUUCAACAUCGAAGACUAUGAGGAAGACUUGAAGCAGAUGACCAAUUUAACCAAGGAAGAGUUUGUCCACGUACUUCGCCGACAAAGCACUGGAUUUCCCAGAGGAAGCUCCAAAUAUAGAGGUGUAACUUUGCACAAGUGUGGAAGAUGGGAGGCUCGAAUGGGCCAAUUUUUGGGCAAAAAGUAUGUUUAUCUGGGUCUGUUUGACACCGAAAUUGAAGCUGCAAGGGCAUAUGAUAAAGCAGCAAUAAAAUGUAAUGGCAAGGAGGCUGUCACCAAUUUUGAUCCUAGCAUCUAUGAUAGUGAGCUUAAUUCUGAAUCCUCAGGAGGUGUAGCUGCAGAUCACAAUUUGGAUUUGAGUUUGGGCAAUUCCAGCUCUAAACAUAACAAUAGUCAAACAUCGGGGAAUCACUUCGCAAAUUCUGCAACCGAUCAGCAUAUGCCACCUGAAUCUAAUUGGCGGAAUGGGGGAAGCAAGCCUAAGGUUCAUCUGGUAAAUAUACUUCCAAAACCAUGUGGUAGAAGCAACAUAGAAGCCUAUGGGCACGGUGAGAGUGAAACCUUGAGGUUGCUAAGCCAAACUCACCUUCAAUCCCCUACCAAUAAAGAAAUGCACAGAUAUGGUCCGUAUAGGUCGCCAGCAGAGCCACAAAAGCCUCACAAUUUUGCACAUCAUCUUCACCAACCAAGUUUUCAUGUUCCUAGCAGCAGCAGCAAUGGAGGCCGUAUUGGAAGCGAUCUUUCGUUAUCAAUGUCCGAUCAACAACAAUGGCAAGCCGGGCCUCCACAUUUGUUAGCAACUGCUGCAGCAUCAUCAGGAUUCCCACAGCAAAUUAGACCCUCCCAAGGUUGGCUGCAGAAAAAUGGGUUCCACUCUCUCAUGAGACCCUCAUGACCAUCCUCAAGAUUUUUUCUACCAUGCCAUUUUGCAUUUUGAAAAAUAAUCUCCCCCUACUAUUUGUUUUGUGAACAUGUACAAGUGAAAGUGAAUGCAGUUUAGAUUAUUAUUAUGUAAUGUCCAACCUCCCCCUUCUUUAGGAAGCCCAUACAUAACUGUAACUUUACUAUUGGGGUGAAAGACAAGAAGGGAUGAAAAAAAAAUAGGGAAAGCCAAUUUGGGAACUCGCUCUGGAUUUGUUAUAGGCCAGUCAAACUAACCAACGGACAAAAUCUUUAACUAGAUACUAAGAUAUUCUGGGCGCUGACUAAAG